GUCAACAGCUGUUAAUGGUGUCAAAUUUCAAAACAAACAAAACGAAAUUGAAAAAAAUAGGACAAAUAGUCGGUAUUUAAUCGAUUAAAGUGAUCUAAUUGUGAUGUAUUUGUUGGUUUGUUACCACAACGUCACUUCUUUAUAAACAAGAGAUAAGAUAAAGCGGAGUACAAGGUCGAUUUUAGUAUGGUUCUGUUGCUAAUUUGAUUAACAUCCUCUGAGGAAAGUUUACUACAUUAGGAGGCUCGACGAUAUGUCGCUAAAAACCGGUUUAUUAAAAUCUUUAUUAAGGCAAAGUAAAGUUCCUAACUAUGCACCAAUAGUAUUGCAGUACCAUGGGUACUAUAAACAUGAGCACAGAGAUAAAGAGAAGUGGAAGAUCAAUAGAAAUGCAGCAUUUGCUCUGGUGGGAACUGUUCUUUCAGGAUCUGCAGUAAAUGUAAAACAGAAAGAAAGCAAAGAUGCCAAAGAAGUCUUUGAAGCAGGAGCAAAAAGACAAGAUUUGCCAACCUUCACUGCUGAGGAAGUGAGCAAACAUGAUAAUAAGAAAAGUUUCUGGGUGACGUACAAGCACGGCGUGUAUGACGUGACGUCAUUCCUGCCCUCGCACCCCGGCGGCGAGCAGAUCUACAACGCGGCGGGGCUGAGCAUAGAACCCUUCUGGAAUGUGUACGGCAUGCACAAGACCGACGAGGUGUACCGAUUGCUCGAGAGUUAUAGGAUAGGUAACCUCCACGACGAUGACGUAGUGGACCACAGCAACGACGAGCUGUGGGCCAAAGAGCCGUACCGCGACAAGCGGCUGCUGGUGAAGACGGCCAAGCCCUUCAACGCGGAAAUACCACCCAAGCUGCAGGUGCAGCACUUUGACACGCCCAACGAGCUGUUCUACGUGCGCCAACAUAUGCCAGUACCAGACUUGGAUGCCAAAACGCACAAGUUAAAAGUUGUACUGGUAGGCAAAACCACCACAGUGAGAGAGUUCAGUCUGGACGAACUACACAAGUUCCGCCCCGCGACUCUCAACGCGGCCCUGAUGUGUGCGGGCAACAGACGCAGUGAAAUGAACAAGGUGAAGCCAGUGAAAGGGCUGAGCUGGACCACUGGAGCCAUCAGCAACGCGCAGUGGAGCGGAGUCUACUUGCGCGAUGUGCUGAUACACUGCGGGCUCGAUGUGAACGAUGUCGCGGGGAAGCAUGUCGUUUUCACGGGUUCGGACAUAGACGCGACGGGCGUGAACUUCUCGACGUCUAUACCGCUACAUAUGGCAGUGGACCCCAACUCGCAGAUACUGCUGGCUACUAGCAUGAAUGGGGCUCCAUUGCCCCCUGAUCACGGAUACCCUCUAAGGGUGGUGGUGCCUGGAGCGCCGGCUGUUCGAAGCGUUAAAUGGUUACAAUCAAUCACGAUAUCGACAGAGGAGAGUCCAUCGCACUGGCACCAGAGGGACUACCGGUCCUUCAACGCGUCCACGACGUGGGAGACCGCUGACUUUCCUUCCGCCCCGCCAGUCUACAGUCUACCAGUCACUUCCGCGAUCUGCGACCCGGUAGACGGCGACACUGUCACACCCCGCAAAGGACAGGUCGAAGUUAAAGGUUACGCAUACUCGGGUGGCGGCGCUAAGAUACUGCGCGUGGACGUGAGCGCGGACCGCGGGCGCACGUGGCGCGAGGCGCGACUGCAGAGCGACGGCGCCGCGCCGCGCACGCACUACGCGUGGACCCUGUGGAGUAUAUCGCUACCCGUCGACGCUAAACAGAUGGAAAUAUGGGUGAAGGCUACAGACAGCAACUUCAACACUCAGCCGGAGAACUUUGACGACAUCUGGAACAUUCGCGGCAUCCUCAGCAACGCGUACCAUAAGAUCAAAGUUAAUAUUAAACCAUAACUUGCAACAUGGAUUGUUAGACAGACUGUAGACGUUGGUACGUUGAGGCUUUAAAGCAGGACGAUUUUUUUUUUUAAUAAUGGUUUUUAUAGAAAAACAUGAAAUGUUGAUAGUAUAAAAGUGUGUAUAAGAAAUUAUCUGAUUAUUAAGAAAAAUAGACGCUAUUUAGCGAUUAAAUCGCAUCUUUAUAAUAUUUUUUUUUUGAAAUAUAAAAUAAUAUUUUUA